UCUGUGUCUCCCCCCACCCUCUCCCCUUCUGCAGCUGCAGUAGAUGCCGAUCGCUUCCACCUCUCACUCGGCACCAGAGCCCUGCCUGUACCCGCGGCUGGGGGCCGGACAGCCCGCUCCGCCCAAAGACGGCAGCGGGGGCCGCGAACCAGCCGCGCCGGCGGAGGAGCCGCGGCCGCCCGGCAGCCAGGAGGUGGCGGCGGCGCCGGGGGGCGGCCCGCACUCGGAGCUGGCUCCGCGCCUCGAGCCGUGGGAGUGGGGCGCGGGCGGUGUCGGCAGGUUCCCCCAGGCCGGCCCGCACCCCCCGCACCCGCUCCUGGAACCGCCGCGGACCAGGUCCAGGUCCAGGUCGGGAUUCAGCGGCAACUCCAACUGGCCUUACUGCGGCCAAGCGGGGGCGGGCGGCCCCCAGCUCCAGGCUCAAACAGGCGGCCAAAGUCACGGAAACCAUCCAGCUCCAGGGCAAGGGGCCACGGACAUCGCAACUGGAGCAGCCCGGCCAGCAGGUGGCAUGGUUCCUUCCUUUCCCUAUCACCCAAGUCCAUGUGACCCUCCUUUCAAUGAAGACAGUGAUAAGAGUGAAGAAAGCCCAAGCCCUAAACGUCAACGCCUCUCCCAGUCGUAUUUUGAAUAUACAGCAGUAUCUCCUGCCCCGUCACCACCAAUGCGACCAUGGGAAAUGACAUCUAAUAGGCGACCUCCCUCAGCUCGACCAAAUCAACACCAUUUCUCAGGGGAAAGGUGCAAUACACCUGCACGAAACAGAAGAAGUCCUCCUGUUAGGCGUCAAAGAGGAAGACGAGAAAGACUGACGAGACAUAGUUCUGUGAACCAAGAUGAAAACUACCACCAUCAUCCUUACGGACAGCAGCCAGCUGCAGAGGAGCCCAGAGCAUUUCACCCUCCAAACGUAUCUCCACGCAUGCUCCACCCUGCUGCACACCCUCCACAACAGAAUGCAGUGGUGGUUGACAUCCAUGAACAGAUUCACCAGGGUGCAGUUCCUGUCUCAUACACUGUUACUACUGUAGCACCACAUGGAAUCCCACUUUGCACAGGACAACACAUCCCAGCAUGUAACACGCAACAAGUUCCAGGGUGCUCAGUUGUAUUUAGUGGGCAACAUUAUCCUGUGUGCAGCGUACCACCUCCGAUGCUCCAGGCAUGUUCUGUACAACAUUUGCCAGUCUCAUAUGCUGCAUUCCCUCCUCUUAUCUCAAGUGAUCCCUUUAUAUUGCACCCUCCACAUCUGUCGCCCCACCAUCACCCUCAUGUGCCACCACCGGGCCAGUUUGUACCAUUCCAAACACAACAGCCACGGUCGCCUUUACAAAGGAUAGAGAACGAGGUGGAGUUGCUGGGAGAACAUCUUCCUGUCGGUGGUUUUACUUAUCCUCCAUCACCACACCCGCCUACCCUUCCUCCUUCUGCGCCACUCCAGUUCCUGCCACAUGACCCUCUGCACCAAGAGCUGCCCUUUGGAGUACCAUAUCCUCAUUUCAUGCCUCGAAGACUGACAGGACGCAGAUAUCGUUCGCAGCAACCUUUACCACCCCCACCUUAUCACCCUAGCUUCUUACCAUAUUUCCUAUCAAUGCUUCCAGUUACCCCUGCUGUGGGACCAGCUUUUAGUUUGGAAUUGGAUGUUGAAGAUGGUGAAGUGGAAAACUAUGAGGCACUUCUUAACCUAGCAGAACGACUGGGAGAAGCCAAACCACGUGGACUUACAAAAGCAGACAUCGAACAACUUCCAUCUUAUAGGUUUAACCCUAACAACCACCAGUCAGAGCAGACUUUAUGCGUAGUGUGCAUGUGUGAUUUUGAAUUAAGGCAACUACUUCGAGUCUUGCCCUGCAGCCAUGAGUUUCAUGCCAAGUGUGUCGACAAAUGGCUGAAGGCAAAUCGUACGUGUCCAAUUUGUCGAGCUGAUGCUUCGGAAGUUCACAGAGAUUCAGAAUGAAACCAAUCAAAUAGCACAAAUUUGGGUGUACUUUGUGGCAUAUAAAUGAACUGUUCAUUGAACUUAACCUAUUGUGGCUUCCAGCCUUCCCUUUACAUUAAGGGUCAUAAUGUGAUGCAGUCAUUUGACCUUCCUUUGCACUGUGUGAUUCAAUGACUUAUAAAGCUUAUAUAGUCUUCACAUUGAAACAAUUAUGGGAUUGUUAUACUAACAGUGUGAUUGGAACUCCAAAGAUUUUUUUUUUCAGCUUAAUUUGUGUGUGCACUAACAUUCCCUGGUUUUUGUGUGAUCAUUCCAGGUGUUGCUGCAGGAUUACUAUAGAUGUGAUCUUUUGGCAUGUGUGCUUUUUUGAUUUUAUUUAUAUAUAUAUUAUAUAGAUUUUUAUAUAUAUAUAUAAAUAAAGAGGUAGUUAAACUGUUUUAGCGAUCUACCUUAUAGAGCCUUCAGGUACUGUGAGUGAGUAUGAUUGUAAGCGUGCAAGUAUUUUAGCCACAUGUACUUCUUCCAGACAAGCUUAAGUACUGGCAUAAUGUGAGUUGUAUGUGUGUAGUCUUAAUUAUGCUGAAAUGUAUAGCUGUGUUAUUUAAACAGUACUAGUACUGUACACUGGUUUCUCUCUUUGUUUGCAGUUGCACACUGUAUACUAAGGGUGCAACAAUUAUGAAUUUUUUUUCACUCAGUUGCUCCUCAGUAUUUUAUAUUGGCAGAUUAGAAGAGCAUAUAUUUAUAACACACCCCAGCUAAAUGAUUAAGGGUGAAAGAUUGUGCAAAUUUAUAAAACUAUUAUUACCCAGAGAACCAAAGCGGUGAGUGACUGAAAUAAUUUGCUGCGUUUUCCUGUAAUAUAUGGUGAAUGGAAGUCUUAUACAAGCAGAGUGACAGAGGUUUAAAACUGGGUGUGCUAUAAAAAUAUCAUUUAUUGCUAGAUAUUACUGGCCAGUCUAAAAAUGUGGGUCUCAGGUGUGCAACAAAGUCCUAUCAGCACCUUAAAAUGUAACCUUGGUUGUUAAACUACUUUACUAUCUUGAAAAUUUUAAUUCUCUGCUUUAUCCUUUGAUCUUAAUAUCCAUGCCAUGCCCUGUUCUAACACUAGCUUCAACUUAAUGUUGCUUUCUUUUAAAAUCUAGUUUGAGCACAGCAUAAGUAGGCAUUCUGCUCCAAAUUUUAUACUAGCUUUCAGCUCCGCCUUUCAAAUUAUAUUUCUAACUAAUUGAAUAUUUCUCCCAUCUUUAAUUUUUAUUUCCAUUGUAUGUAAUAUUUUAUAUAAUUACAUUUCCUUAGAUUUGGUUAUAUACGUUUCUCCAUGUAUAUCUCAAACUAACCCAAUUAGAACUCUUCACACUUGCAAAAGGCCAAGUCACAGAACUAAGCAGAUUCUGUUUUAAAACUUGUAGGAAAGCAUUGAGCAGUAAUCUUUUGCCCCUGAGCAAUUAUUAGACCAGAGACCUAUUACAAAGUGAUGAGGACAAUAAUCAAUAGUCUGAAGAGCUCCUCAAAAGAAGUAUUUGAUUCAAUUCUAAGGAAAUUUUGUAAAGAAAAAUUACUAUUUUUAUAGUAUAGUCAGGAUUAAUUGUUGAAUGUGAACAUUUGGGGAUAAAAUAGAGGUCAUACAGAUUUACAAUGAAGAAAAAACAAAACUUAUUUUUUGUUUCUCCAAGAAUGUCAUUGCUCAGUGGUCAUCUUUGAAUCUGUAUUGAUUAUUCUUGUAGACUUAACACUUUGCUAGUAAAAAUUGAACCCAAUGUUUGAUUAAAG